AUGAAAGAACUGAUAACCCUCACCACCAUCAAAACCGCCGCCACCCGUCUCACAGCCCAUACGCACCUAACCCCCCUGCUAACCAGCACAACCCUCUCAACCCUGCUCGGCCCCUGCCCUUCAACAACCACUCCCCGAACCCUCCUCAUCAAAGCCGAAAACCUCCAAAGAACCGGCUCCUUCAAACUUCGCGGCGCGACCAACGCCAUCACCAAGCUGCUGGAAUCCGAUCCCGUGGGAGCCAGACAGAAAGGCGUGGUGGUGCAUUCGAGCGGCAACCAUGGCCAGGCGGUCGCGUUGGCUGCAAAGAGGGCGGGUGUACCCUGCACGGUCGUGAUGCCGCGGGACUCGCCCGGGGUCAAGCUCGCUGCUGUGGAGGGCUACGGCGCGACCAUCGUGCUGUGUGAUCGCGCCCUAACCUCCCGCGAACAGACGACGCAGGAGAUCGUCGACCGCACGGGCGCCACGUUCAUCCACCCGUCCAACCACCCGGACGUCAUCGCCGGGCAGGGAACAGUCGUGCUGGAGAUGCUGCACCAGGCCGCGGAGAUGGGAUGUCCGCUGGACACGGUGAUCGUCCCCGUCGGCGGGGGCGGGUUGUUGAGCGGGUGCCUGGUCGCCGGUAAAAGCCUUCUCCCCAACCUGCGGAUCGUCGCCGCCGAACCGCUACUCGCAGACGACUGUGCGCGGUCGGUGCGUGCGAACGAGUUCAUCCCCGCCGGCCCGCCCAAGUCCAUCUGCGACGGGUUGAUGUCCAGUAUGGGCACGCUGACGUGGCCGAUCAUCCGGGACCAUGUGGAUGAGGUGCGCACGGUUGAUGAGGCGAGUAUCGUGAAGGCGAUGAGGGUGGUGUGGGAGAGGAUGAAGAUGGUGGUGGAGCCGUCGGCGGCGGUAGGCGUUGCGGUGGCGUUGUUUGAUGAGGGGUUUAAGGCGCGGGAGGGGAUGCGGAAUGUCGGGGUUGUAGUUACCGGGGGGAAUGUGGAUUUGGAUUGUUUGCCUUGGGGUUCGAUGAAAUGA